CAGAAGUUAAAAAACCUGUUCUCAGUAAUCUGUCAACUGAUCCUACGAGCUGAAGGACUGUGAAUACUUCUGAGCACCAGCACGACAGAGACAAUGGACAAUACUACUAGCUCAGCAUCACAUCUUAUUGAGUAUGGGUUGUCUUUGAGAGGCACCAACAUUGACAAUAUAUCCCGCAGUAUAGGCACCAUGAGAAAUGUGUCCAUUCAAAUUACCAAUUUCACAGACAGGUACACCUUAUCAAACCCAAGGAUCCACACUAGCAGUGGAUAUUGUCUUAAUCCUCCUCAGCCUACAGUAGCAAGAAAGACCAGUGAAGCCUGCUCCUUUACCAAAACACACUUUUCGGCACGUGGUUGUGUUGGAGUCCUGGCAUACAAGAUCCUUAAAGAUGAAGAGGACUUUGUCGGGGAACUUGUCAUAAUGUUCUCUGUGCCUUUUGACUACAAUUGGUUUGAAAAUUAUUUAGCUCUUGGUAUUUUUGAAAACCAAGUUUCAUGUAAUUCUGAUCUGUUUUAUGAAAUGUAUAACACGAAAGGUACAUUCAAGAGGGAAAGGGCUACAGGAAGUGAAAUCAUGUAUCCUGGACAAGGAAUCUGUGUGAAGGGAACAAUGUCUCCUGCAGGCAAUUCAAUAAUAAAAAUUGAAUUUCGAGAUUUGUAAUCACCAAGACUAGACAGACAUGAGCAAAACACUGCAGAUUCAACAUUAGGGGGUCACUGAAGGAUGACUGAACAUGUGAACUACAGUGAACUAAUAGACUAUUACUACUACAGUCAUUUCUCAAUAUAAGCAAUAAUAAUCAAAAUAUCAGCAUGAUUUACAUAGUUUUCAUUAUUUGAUCUCAAAGGUUCUCAGCCCUGGUCCUAGUGUAUGCCUUAUCCUGCACAAUUUUGUGAUUUCUCUGCUUUUUUUUGUUUUAUAAUGGACUGAUUAGCAGUCCUCCAUAUGUCGAAUUAGCUUGUGUUCAAGCUUGAAACAGGGAAAUCAAGAACCAGGAUUUUGGAGAUAUAAAACUUUAGUGUGUAAAUUUGUAAGUUUCAGUUAACUAAAAAUCAUUUUAGACUCGUGGUCUCAUUUUACAGUGAAGGUCUUCCCAAAGCAAGUUUACUAAAAUCGUGAAAAUUCUGAAGCUAAAAUUUGCUGUAUUCCAAAUCAAACAAUACAUUCCAAUACUAUCUUAUACAGUAACAAAUCAAUAUAACAUUCACUUUUAUUCUUACCAAGAAAGAUACUGGAGUUAAUAACGUGCUGUAAUGCUGAUGUAUUUUUUGCUAUUUGCUCAUAAAAGUCUUCCGUAAUUCCAUAAUCUAUAACCAUAGAAGCUCUGGACAGUUUGGUAUAUUUCUUACAUUUAAAACUUCUCUUUAAAUGAGUGAAAUACUUGAUUAUUGAUUGUUAUUAUUUGAAAAGUCAUUGUGUAAACAUCACAAUGUGUCUGAAAAUUCUUUUAUUUUCAGAAAAACAGUAUUUAUUGGAACAUUUCAUGCCAUAAUUUGCUUGGCACUGAGUAUUUAACAAAUCAUGACAAUCAAGAAAAGAAGCCAAAAGGCAAAGGGAUCAUACCAGGGAAAGUUGAAUUAAAAAUAACAAACUCAAUACAGAUGAACACAGAUCCAGUAGCAGCAGGAAUGUAAGACCAUGUUAUUGUUCUGCAUAAAUAUAGUGAUGGAUGAACACUAGUUCAGAAAGGUUUAUGGCACUGUUGAUGAUUAAGGCACAUAUCUGCUGAAGAAUUAAUUUGUCUUUACAAUUUUUUUAACCCACUACUACUUUCAGUAAUAUUUUUGCUGUUACUGCAGUUUUCUAGUUAAAGUGAAAAACUUUUAAGUAGAAAAUAUUGAUACUAUCAAUUGUUUGAUUAUUAUAAUUCUUUCAAAACUUAGUACUUAAUCCUAUCAAUCAUUGCUUAAAACAUAUCUGUUUUUUAAUUGCUUUACACUGACUUUUUUGU